GCUGCUUUACCCGACGGCAACACCUGGGCCUUGCUGGAGCCGUCGAAGCUCGCGGAGGCGGGGUACACGUCGGAGCAGACGCAGGCGGUGACGGUCAACGACAUGAUCAAGAUGAAGAUCAGCAUCGUGGUGCAGGGCAAACCCGAUCACGCAUGCGAGGACUUGAUGCGCCUGUCCUCAGCGGUGCCCGACUGGGCUUCGGACGAGUGCAAGGCCGACAUGAAUGCUCUCAACGUGUGCUUGUCCAUGCUGAAGCCUGAUGCAGCGCCGCUGGGUCCAGAGCAGGAGGAAGCCACCGCUGCUUUCCAGUCCAUCAAGAGCGGGCGCAUGAUGCUGAGCGAGUACGCGAAGGAAUGGCCACGGGGCAGGGAUCUCCUGGACACGGCCGAGACGCUCCUGCAGUCCUUGAUCGAGGGGCAUAAGUGCGAGGACAAAGCUGGCUGCCUCUACGACCGUGCCGUGAGCAUCGCCGGGCACCUGACCGCCAUCUCGGGCUUGCUUGCAGACGCCACCGAGAUCGACUUGAGGUACUUGCCAUCCGCGAUCGAGAGGCUCAUGGAUGACUACCUGGCCUGGACGGGCGAUAUGAUUUUGGACCUGUGCGAGGAUAUGGCGGUGACUGCAUCUACGUGGCUGGAUCACCCGCCCGACGCCGCGGGCUGGUUGGGCGCGGCCUGGAACGAUAAGCUCUCCGCGGUCAACGGCCUGGUCAGCAAAUUGGAGACGAUGCCGAAGGUGACCGACCGCAUGAAGCAGGACCUGGAUGCCGAUGCGUACUUGCUGACGGCCAAGAUGGCGCACGGCGCCGCGAGCUGCAUCAAGGACUUCAGCGAUCUUGAGAAUCGCGAGGCCGUUGCACAGGUGCCAGCUGUCAUGACCAAGCUUGCGAGGGACUUGCAGGGCCAUAAAGCGUUCCACGACGAGCAUGCCGUCCAGGCAGCUCUGGAGGCGAUAGUCGGCAAUAUCAUGGCCCGCAGCGAGUUCGCGGAUAUCAAGGCGAGGGCUCAGUUGCUGCUAGCUGAUCGCCCCAAGCAGUUCUGCGAUAUCAGUAAGGUGACCAUGUUUGGCUGCUUUCCCUCGGAUCAUUUCUUCGACGUCGAGUGGGCCGGGGACAUCGUCAAAAAGGACGACCGCCCGGAGGCAAAUGACCUCCUGGUUGGCCAGGGCUAUUCUGUGGAGUUCACUGAGGACGCGAGGAUGGCCUUCGCUGAGGCAGCGGCGGCGGCUCGCUUCACAGAGGACAAGCUCAUGACCCAGGUCGGUGCCAUCACCAACAUCGCUCGCGUGUGGCGGUGCGCCGUCCCGUUUCUCACGCAGAGCUGCGACCUCACCGAGGAGGCCCUCGGGCUGUGGCUCCAGGGUCGCGACGCAGUGGCCAGCCUGGUCGGCACGGCCAACCAUAUGCUGAGGCAGGUCGAGGACUUCACGGGGAUGACAUUCGACUGGGACACCGCGUCGGACCCGCGCUCGGACGGCUACCUCGGGAACUUGGAGAAGUACUUCGAGCUGACGCCGGCCGACCACGUCGAGCUGCUGGACGAGCUGCCGCUCGGCAAGGCAGUGUCGCAGACGUUGGUCGGCAUGGAGAGGGUCCUAGGAGAGGUCCGCACUCGCUGGCAGGACGGCUUCGCAGCCGCCAUCAGCAGGAUCGUGGACUGGUCCCCAGACUGGGAGCCCGUGCAGGAGCAGCUGAUGAACGUGCCCUCGCACCCUAUGUGCAAAGCCCUCGUCUGCAACCCACAGUUGCAGGACUUGGGGUCUCUGUGCACGGACCUUGACGCGCGGCUGCGGCUCGUGCGCAAGUUCCCCGGCCUGUGGUCCGACAACCUCGUGCGCCAGUGGGGCGUGAAGGUGCACCACGGGAUGGUGACGUGCGCGUUGACGUACGUCAUCUUCCACAUGAAGUUUCUCUUCGGGAAGCUCAAGGGCCCGAAGAAAUUGAAGGCUCCCCUGCCUACUCCCCCUACUCUUCUGCUUCGUAGCACGGUCGUAUGA